AUGGUUGCACCCCAUGCAGUCUAUGUGAAAAACAGGAAUUGGGUGGAUUACAGUCCAUCUGUGGCAGUCAGUUGGGCUAUGAAAUAUAUUUGCAAAGUGAAAAAAGAUUGUUCUGACAGAUUACACUCCACUUCUUGGCUCACUGCUACUAGUUAUUCUAUUAAAGUAAUCUAUCAGAAUCUGUGUGAUCAGAUCCCUAAGGUCAACUGGCACUAUUUUGUGUGGAAUAGGUAUACUCUUCCCAAGAAUAGAGUCACUAUUUGGCUGGCUCUCCAUGACAGACUUAAGACCAAAGAAAGAUUACAUAGAUAUGGGGUUACCAUGGAUGAAACCUGUGCUUUGUGUGGACAUGACACUGAAACUAGUGCUCACUUGUUCUUCAAGUGUCAUUUUAGUAAAGAAUGUUGUUCCAUGGUGUUGGCUUGGCUUGGCUUUAUCUCCUCCAGGAACAAUCUUUUCACUCUCCUUAAGUGGAUUCAUAGAUACUGUAAAAACUCCUUUACUAUGAAGGUUGUAUAUGCUGCUGUUGCUAGUACUGUGUACCAAAUUCGGAAAGCAAGGAACCUAGCUAUAUGGGAACAAUUUGUUCCAUCCAUUGCUUGUACUGUUAAAACUAUCCAGGUUACUGUUAAACAUAGAGUAAUGAGCAUUAUUGUAAGAAAUAAAGGCUAUUGA